CAGCGUCCCGACCCAGAAUGCAUUUUGACAAGGUCUUUGAAAAAGCGGCGCGGCUAAUUCAAGAUGGCGGAGAUGGACCAGCUGUUAGACGAGAGCUCUUCAGCAGAGGCACUUGUCAGUCUAAAAGAGGGGAGUCUGUCCAACACUCUGAAUGAGAAGAACAGCUUCCCAAGAGCCCACAACACAAGGGGACGACAUUCCUCCCUCACAAUGGACACGCCCACACGGAGCUCAAAGAGGAGUCGUUUAUUUCGGGACGAGGAUGAGACGCCCCAGCAGCGCAUCCCUUCCAGAUCUCCUCGGAGGAGCCAAAGGGUCACUACCACACCACAGAAAUUUUCGAACGUGGUCACACCGGACAAGAAGGCAUCCCAGAAAAUAGGGCUGAGAUUAAGAAACCUCCUUAAGCUACCCAAAGCCCACAAAUGGUGCAUCUAUGAAUGGUUCUAUUCAAAUAUUGACAGGCCUCUCUUUGAGGGUGAUAAUGAAUUCUGCCUGUGUCUCAAGGAGUCUUUCCCCAAUCUGAAAACAAGAAAGUUGACAAGGGUUGAGUGGGGAACAAUCAGAAGACUGAUGGGGAAACCUCGGCGGUGCUCGUCAGCAUUCUUUGCUGAGGAGCGGACAGCACUGAGACAGAAGAGGCAGAAGAUGCGCCUGCUGCAGCAAAGAAAGCUGUCUGACGUGUCAAACUGCAAAGACCUUCCAGAUGAAAUCCCCCUGCCACUCAUCAUAGGAACCAAAGUCACUGCUCGACUCCGAGGCGUCCAUGAUGGGUUGUUCACAGGGCAGAUUGAUGCAGUGGACACCAGCGCUGCCACCUAUCGCGUCACCUUUGACCGUAGUGGCCUGGGAACGCACACUGUGCCUGACUAUGAAGUCCUGAGCAAUGAGCCCAACGAGACCAUGCCUAUUUCAGCGUUUGCCCAGAAGCAUCGCACAGCGCGCUACAUGCAGAACCUCAUGACACCGCCUCGAGGGCCUUACCCGUCCGCUACCACUCCUGUCCUCAUGGACAAUGACCCUCUUAUCAACCAAUCACCAUGGAGGAACAAACUGCCCGGUGCUGAGGGAGAUACUCUGGGAGGAUUUCCUGUCAAAUUCCUUGUACAAGUGACAAGGCUGUCCAAGAUCCUCAUGAUCAAGAAAGAUCACAUCAAGCACUUGAAAGAAAUGAACACAGAGGCAGAGAAACUGAAGUCAUACUCGAUGCCCAUUGACUUAGACUUCCAGAAGCGAUAUGCUACCACAGUGCUUGAGCUCGAACGGCUCAAUAAAGAUCUCAACAAGGUGCUUCAUGAGGUUCAGCAGUUCUGCUGUGAGCUUGCUCCAGAUCAGGGCAUGGUUCCAGCUGACCAUCCCACAGAGCUGCGGCGACGUUGUGAAGAAGAGGCCCAGCAGAUGGUGCAGCUGAGCAGCUCAACAAAGGACGGACAGCAGAGUGUGACCAACCCCGGCCUCACACACCUCAUCUCCCGCCUCACAGCUCUGCUGCUACAGAUCAAGUGUCUGGCAGAUGGCGGAGACCUGAAUUCAUUUGAGUUUAAAUCUCUAACAGACUCCCUUAAUGACAUCAAGGCAUCGAUUGAUCCCUCCAACCUCAGUUGCUUCCAGAAUAAUGUCGAGAUCCACGUGGCACACAUCCAGAGUGGCCUUAGUCAGCUGGGCAACCUUCAUGCAUUUGCUGCCAACAACACCAACGCAGUUUGAGUACCUGCGUCACGCACAGCACACACAGGUGCACACACACAGGGAGGUGUGGGCCUUUAUCGUCUUUUGAGAUGGUGCUUUCAUCUGAACUGUUAAAAGACUAUAAACAAAA